UGCUCUCAAGGCAGCCAGGCGGAGCUGGAAAACUUUCAAGCAGAGCCGAGGCCGACCGUCAGGGAGGGAUGGCGCUCAGAUUUUUGGUAGAAACUUUUGGCCACGGAAAGUGAAAUCGGGUACAGAAGCUAACGUGGAUUACAUGGGAUAGUGUAGCACAGAUCAGGUCGUCUGCAGGGCGGUUUAGAUGUCAGCAAGUCCAAAGGGAUAGUUUUUCUUGGAGGUGGAUCAAGCCAGAGCAGACUGCUCUUCUCCAGGCAGCUCGUCCCUCCUCGAGGCAGCCGGCAGCCACAGGCCACCAUGACGGAGUGGACUCUGCUCAAGCGACUCCUGGACGCCGUCCACCAGCACUCCACCAUGAUCGGCCGCCUGUGGCUCACCGUCAUGGUCAUCUUCCGGCUGCUCGUCGUCGCCGUCGCAACUGAGGACGUGUACACCGACGAGCAGGAAAUGUUUGUGUGCAACACCCUGCAGCCGGGAUGCUCCACCGUCUGCUAUGACGCGUUCGCACCCAUCUCCCAACCUCGCUUCUGGGUCUUCCACAUUAUCAGCGUCUCCACGCCGUCCCUUUGUUUCAUCAUCUACACCUGGCACAACCUGUCCAAGCUGCCCCAGAACACCACCCAGAGGCAGGUGCAGGGACCGGGGGAUGUUCCGGUGAUGGGAGGUAGGGAUGUCGGGCGGGAUGGCGGGCGGGAGGUUUACGACCGCAGCUGCGACUCGGACAGCUGCUCCAUCCGCUCCCAUAAGCACCUCGGUCACAGCCUGGCAGAUGUGCUGGAAGGCAUCCCUACCCAGAGCCUCCAGAGGGGAGAAACAAACAACACGAUGUCCUUGAAUAAAGCCAGAAUUUGCACCUUAAGAGAGAGCAGUGCUGAGACUCAAACGGCCUCUGGAGGGGUUCUGUCUAAAUGUUACAUCUUCCAUGUGUGUUUACGGGCUGUUCUGGAGCUGGGCUUCGUCCUGGCCCAGUGGAAGCUGUUUGGCUUCCAGGUGCCUGUCCAUUUCUUGUGCACCUCGGCCCCUUGCAGCCAGCCGGUGGACUGCUACGUCUCCAGGCCCACGGAGAAGACCAUCUUCCUGCUCUUCAUGUUUUGCGUGGGUGUUUUCUGCAUCCUGCUCAAUUUGCUGGAGCUCAAUCACCUGGGCUGGAAGAAGAUCAAACAGGUCGUGAGGCUGAGGGAGAGGGCGUCCUUAAGAGGGUGCCCACGUGUAAGGGGGGGUUAUGAAACCUUCCCUCCAGAGAGUCCCUCUCUUACUUCCUCGUUAGGCUUUAGAGAAGUGACCAGCACCACCUCUCUGCCAACUUUGGACCUGGUGGUUGGUCACCAGACCGACUGGACCUGCGCUGGGAACUGCGGCAGAAUCGGUGGACCUGGAGAGGUGAGAGAGAGCAGACUAGAGCCACCAAAGAGACAGGACCCCCGUAAAGGAGAGAAGCAGCCUCUGAAGAGUAAGAGGGAGGUCAGAGGAUCCAAGCCGAGGAGUGCUGAGGUUUGGAUAUAGCCGCCGACAAUGAGGAAGCAUAUAGUCAC